AUGUUUUCGAUGAACAUUUCGUCAAUUUUGGGAGAAUUCUCGUGAGUUUACAGGGUGUUUCAUAAAUAGUGUUACAAGAGUUGUUCAACUUUAGGUCAGUUUUGUGAAUGUUGGGUAAUUCCGAUCGUUUUGGUCGUAAGAUCAAAAAUGUAGGGUUUUUCUUCCUCUACAAGAGCUAUCUAUGUAAAAUUGACAUCAAUGUGUUUUGGACACUGUUUAUGACGUGUAAACAAAAACGAAUUUUUGGAAAAAUCCUUUUCUGGCACGACGGUCUUUCCAAAAAUGAAAAGCCAUGAAAUCUUUAGUUUUUUUGAGUUUUGUGGCUUAAUAUGAUAUUUUCUAAUGUAAACAAUGUUUCUAGUCAAAAUUUCACACAACUCCAGAUAUUCAUUAUUUUUUUCUUGAACUUAGAAGAAGAUCUUCAAUUUCGACUGAAACUUCGGAUUUUCCCGAUUUUUCGACAAAAAUAUCGUUAAAAUCGAGUUAAAUUUUGAUGUAAUCGGUCAAAUCAGUUAUUUAUAGAAGAAAAAACAAUUGUGGUACAGAAAUAAUAAAUAUUGAGUGGAAAAAAUCAUAUUUUUCCACAAAAGCUAAAAAACUCAAUUUUAUUUUUUGACAAUUUCGAAAAGUAGGUUCACUUUGACCUCCCGGCUACGAGUCUACAGUAAUGCUGUUACUUUGUCCGUUUUAAAUUAACGAAAUAAACCCGUCAAAAAGAGUUUUCGAAAGUUACUUUCGGGAAAAGGCCAAUUUCAAAAAUAAAGGAUCUCAUUGAACAAAAAAAAUCGUGCGUGCAACAGUGACCCUCCACUGGCACACUUGGGCUGGUGGCAAUGGUGUGAAAGUUGAAAUGAGAUGUUAUUCAUUUUCGAAUCUUGUCAUACUUACGUUCGGCUAAGUUUGUGUCAAAUAAUAUUGAGUUUUGAUCUUUUGCCUUUCUCUAGGUGGGCUGUGCAAGUUGUAACACUAUUUAUGAAACACCCUGUAAUGAAAGUAUUGAAAAUGACGAAUUACUUCUGUUCAGGAUCAGACAAAACACGACCAUAUUACCGGAAAAACGACCAAAAAUUGAUUUUUCACGAAGAAAAACAGCAGAAAACAUGGAUUUGUUAGAAGGAUUCGAUCCGAAUAUAGAGUUGCAAACAUCACAUGGAAUUCAUCAUCUUUAUAAUUUCAUGAAUUCCGCAAAUUUUUUCUCAAGAUUCAUAAGAAAUUUCGAUAAUUUUAAAGAAACUGUAAGUUUAUUCAAAAUUAUAGCUCGAAAUAUCAUACUUUUUCAGGAUUUCCUAUUUGUUUGUUGUCGUUAUGUCUUGACUCAAAUUGAGAAAUUUACCCGUGGAGUUCCGGACCAUUUUGAGAUCUUAGCUUUUCGAAAGGAUGAUAUAAUUUAUAUUGGAUGCGAUCGAAGUAUGAUUACUCGAAAGUAAUUUAGAAAAAAAAAACGAAUUAUAAGUGAUUUAUAUUUGUAUUCUUCCAGAGUUUUAACCGAACAGAGCAAGUUGUCAAUAUUUUCUGGACUUAAAUUUGGAAAGUGUUUGACAACUGGAGAUUGGAGCAAUCUAACGGAUACUCAUUCAAUUAUUCGGCAUAUUAGAAUUAUCAAUCAUCAAACAAAUUCAGCACAUUCUGUAAUUUGCUCUUCAACUGUUCGAGCAUUUGAUAAUAACUGUAAGUUAUUUCAAUAUUUUUAUCUUUCAAUCCUUUCAAUUUUAAUUAGAUGAAAACGAUUUUCAGCUGAACCAAUCGAAAUUCAUGUUAAACGCGAUAGAAAAAGCUUCCAACAUUGUAUUCGAGAAUGGAGCUUUGGAGCUCGUCUUUCUGGCAGUUCAAAAAUCAUAUUUGGAAUCAGAAAUGAAAAUUAUAAAAUAACGAAAAUUAGCGAAACUAGAAGUAUCCGAACAGAUCAUUCGAGCGCUUUAAAUAUGAUCAGCGAAGUAUUGACAAUGAUUGCGAAACUUAUCGAAAACGAAAAAUGUGUAGCCGUUAAACCAAAUUUUGAAACACAAGAUAUGGAAUUUGAAAAAGUAGACAUUUCAUAUAUGAACAAAUCUGAGCAAUGGUGA